AAAAAAAAACCCACCUUCUUAAUUCAAUUCCCCUUCUUUUUCAGAAGCUCAGAGUCUUCAGAACUUCACAGUGAGACAGAGAGAGAGAGAGAGAGAAUCAAAUUCCCUCUACAACUUCUUCCCCCCUUUUCCAAGCUCCAAUCUUUUUUCCUCUUAACCCUUUUCAAAACCCUAUUCUCAGCUCCCCGGACUUCUCCUCCCUCCAAAUUCCGGCGGAUUUUCCGACCAACUACAAUUCUCCGGUGGAACUUCCAAUGCCGGUCAGAAAACCAGCGUAAAGCUUCUUACUUUACUCUCCUUUCCCAUCUCCAGCCCACUGUGCACAAGUUUCUUGGGUUUCUCACUACCUCACCCCAACUCUCCAAUCUUCCCCAUUUCACCCAAUUUCGGUUUCUAGGGUUUCUCAUUUCCAAAACAUAACCAUUUCCGCCAGACUCUCCAAAUCUAGCCGUUACAGAAAAAAGUUGCAGACUCUGAAGUUUUUUUUUUUUUUUUUUUUUUUUUUUUUUUUUUUUUUUUAUGGCUUGGUAGCGCCGGAAAAUGCGAGAGCAAAUAGUGAUGAAGCGGUUGCUGGUGUUGCUGGCCGUGUUGGCUCUGGCUCCGAUUCUGGGGAGAUCCCUGAACCCGUCGUUAAACGACGACGUUUUGGGGCUGAUAGUGUUCAAGGCAGACAUUCAAGAUCCCAAGGCGAAAUUGGGUUCGUGGAAUGAAGACGACGACAGUCCAUGCGGCUGGGUCGGAGUAAAAUGUAAUCCGAGAUCCAACGCCGUCGUCGAGCUCAAUCUCGACGGCUUUUCUCUCUCCGGCCACAUAGGCCGGGGCCUUCUUCAGUUACAGUCGCUCCGGAAGCUCUCCCUCUCGAAAAACAACCUCACCGGAACCUUAAGCCCCAAGAUUGCUCACAUCGGCAAUCUCCGGGUGCUGGAUUUGAGUGGGAAUGGUUUCUCCGGGGCCGUGCCGGAGGAGUUUUUCCGGCAAUGUGGGUCCCUGAGAGUGGUUUCUCUGGCUAAUAACAAGUUCUCCGGGGAGAUUCCGGAGAGCUUGGGGUCGUGUGCGGGUCUUGCGACGAUUGACUUGAGUUUGAACCGGUUUUCGGGUUCGGUUCCGGCUGGGAUUUGGUCCUUGAAUGGGAUUAGGUCGCUGGACUUGUCUGGGAAUUCGUUGGAGGGUGAAAUUCCAGAGGACAUUGAAGGGUUGAAGAAUCUGCGAGCUAUUAAUUUGGGGAAGAAUCGGUUUACUGGGCUUGUUCCUGAUGGAAUUGGGAGCUGUUUGCUGUUGAGGUCUGUUGAUCUUAGUGAGAAUGGGUUCACUGGGAACCUUCCUCAGACAAUGCAGAAGCUUGGUCUGUGUGGCUCUUUGAACGUGCAGAAGAACUCGUUUUCGGGUGAGGUUCCUGAGUGGAUUGGGGAGAUGAAGAGCCUGCAGACUUUGGACCUUUCCAGCAACCGGUUUUCGGGUCAAGUUCCGAGUUCAUUGAGCAAUCUUGAAGCUUUAAAGGUGUUGAAUUUUUCUGCUAAUGGGUUCACUGGGAGCCUGCCCAAGUCUUUGGUUUAUUGCACAAACCUUUUGGCUAUGGAUUUUAGUAAGAAUUCUUUGGAGGGUGAUCUUCCUGAGUGGAUAUUCAAGGCGGGUUUAAAGCAGGUUUUGGUUUCGGAGAAGAAGCCAAGCGGAAAUAGUCCUUCAUCUUCCCCAACUGGAAGUGCGCUUCAGAAACUGGAGGUGUUGGAUUUAUCCGGUAAUGGUUUUUCUGGUCAGAUUACUUCUGCCAUUGGGGCCUUGAGCAGCUUACAUGUUUUGAACCUUUCGGACAACGCUCUUGUUGGUCCUGUUCCUGCCACUAUUGGAGAGUUGAAGGCCCUGGACAGUCUUGAUAUGAGUCGGAAUCAGCUCAACGGAAGCAUUCCUCUGGAAAUUGGAGGGGCAUUUUCUUUGAAGGAAUUGAGAUUGGAAAAGAACUUCCUCACUGGAAAAAUUCCAACUUCAAUUGAGAACUGUUCUUCUCUUACCACUUUGAUUGUAUCACAGAAUAGACUCUCUGGCCCCAUACCUGCUGCAGUAGGCAAACUUAGCAACUUACAAUAUGUAGACUUGUCUUUCAAUAACCUCUCAGGAGCCCUUCCUAAGCAGCUGGCGAAUCUUCCCAACAUCUUUUCCUUCAAUAUUUCCCACAACAACCUCCAGGGCGAACUACCUUCGGGUGGCUUUUUCAACACCAUCUCCCCUUAUAGUGUCUGGGCCAAUCCAUCUCUUUGCGGCGCUGCAGUUAAUAAGUCAUGCCCUGCAGUCCUUCCAAAACCCAUUGUCCUCAAUCCCAAUUCCUCUUCUGACUCCAGCACAGGUGCAUUGCCUACAAAAUUUGGUCAUAAAAGAAUCAUCCUCAGCAUUUCUGCUCUCAUUGCAAUUGGUGCAGCCGCUUUCAUUGUCAUUGGUGUUAUUGCCAUCACCGUGCUUAAUCUCCGUGUACGGACUUCCACAUCUCGUCCUCCAGCUGCCAUCACAUUUUCAGGUGGGGAUGACUUCAGCAAUUCCCCCACUACAGAUGCCAACUCUGGUAAACUUGUCAUGUUUUCGGGUGACCCUGACUUCAGCACUGGUGCUCAUGCUCUACUCAACAAGGACUGUGAGCUUGGACGUGGUGGGUUUGGAGCAGUCUACCGGACAGUACUUCGAGAUGGACGGUCUGUUGCAAUCAAGAAGCUCACUGUUUCAAGUCUUGUCAAGUCUCAGGAAGAAUUUGAGAGGGAAGUUAAGAAAUUGGGAAAAGUGAGGCACGAUAAUCUUGUGGAGAUUGAAGGCUAUUACUGGACUCCAUCAUUGCAGCUCAUCAUAUACGAAUAUGUAUCUGGUGGUACUUUGUAUAAGCAUCUUCACGAUGGAGCAGGCGGAAAUUUCCUUUCAUGGAAUGAUAGGUUCAACAUAAUUCUUGGAACUGCAAAGAGUUUGGCUCACUUGCACCAGAUGAACAUAAUCCACUACAAUAUAAAAUCUAGCAAUGUCCUGAUCAGCAGCUCAGGUGAACCCAAAGUGGGAGACUUUGGCCUAGCGAGGUUGUUGCCAAUGCUUGACCGAUAUGUUCUGAGCAGCAAGAUCCAGAGCGCCCUUGGCUACAUGGCACCAGAGUUUGCUUGCAAAACAGUAAAGAUAACCGAGAAAUGUGAUGUCUACGGGUUUGGUGUUUUGGUUCUAGAGGUGGUUACAGGGAAAAGGCCGGUCGAGUACAUGGAAGAUGAUGUUGUGGUGCUCUGUGACAUGGUGAGAGGAGCAUUAGAAGAAGGCAGGGUAGAGGAAUGUAUUGAUGCUAGGCUCCAGGGAAGUUUCCCUGCCGAAGAAGCUAUUCCGGUCAUGAAAUUAGGGUUGAUAUGCACAUCACAAGUGCCGUCAAACAGACCCGACAUGGGAGAGGUUGUCAACAUAUUGGAGCUGAUCAGAUGUCCUUCAGAAGGCCAAGACGAAUCAGGAUGAAUUUAACUUAACAGAGAUUCAGUGAAGGGAUUUGCAAUGAGUUAUCCGGCAAAGAAGAAUCACAGUUUCUUCCUAAGAGAGAAGAAGAAACAUAAUUAUUGAUGGAAGGUUUUUUUGCUUGUUGUCUUAGUGUAGCUAUUUUUCUUCAAUUUGUCUAUUUCCUGUUUAUUUCUGUAGGUUCUCUUCCAAUGUGUUAAAAGCAGAGCUAGGUCACUGGAUUCUGCUUUGCCGGAUUCGAUUUUGGGUCCCUUUCAGAGAUAUUGUCACUGCUAAUCUCUUGUACUCAUCCAAUUUCUGUCUUGGUCUUGUUCCUUUCAAAUGGUUGAUUCAUUAAUUUCUCAA